AAAGUAUUUGCUCUCACAUAAAGCACUUGCAGAAUUCUGGAGACUUGGAGCUCUUUGGAAGUCAAGCAUUCCACAAUGAAGAGCUUUCUGGCUUUCCUUGUUGCAAUGGGCAUUGUUGUGACACUGGGUGAUGCAUACUGCUUUUCUAAAUUGAACAAUCCAAAGGAGACUGACAAAGGCUGUACGCUGGAAGGAAAACUGUACCCCUUUGGAGAGAUCCCAAGGACAGAAAAUUGUUUCAGAUGCAGCUGCAGCCAAGAUGCAUUACGUUGCUGCUCCCUCUUUCAUACUCCUAUUAGUUAUGACAAGGAGAACUGUAAAGUAGUUUUCAACAAGAAAAGCUGUGACUAUGACGUGGUGCUGAAGAGCGACCCCUUAAAGGAGUGUGCUGUCUAUUCUCGUGUGGGCUAACAACCCACCUGCUCUGAACCUUCCUACAGAUGCUUUGACAUCAAAGAGUAGCUCGGAGACAUAGAAGAUCUUGUAAGAGAGAGUACUUCACCAGCUCACUUGUAAUCUCCUAAUUAUUCUAAUUCAGUAUACAAGGUGCAUAAUCAGAUAUGCCUCAUUUCUGUCAUUACUUGCAUUGGUGUCACUGAGCUUUGUUGAAUACAA